AUGGCCGGAGCAUUCCGCCACAAGAGAACAAACAGAUCCUCAGUCGACAAAGCCUGCAUAGAUGGCUUCGUCGAAGAAGACUUCCGUGCCGGUGGACCAAAUCUUUGCGAGGCACCAUGUUACAUCCUGGACAUACCAAGAGACCAUCAUCUGUACGGCCCCCUCCAUGUCCAAGACGAGCACCGCGAUGCAAUCCUGACCAUGGCCGAACAGAGCAAUAUCGCCGUCAGCGAUCUCUCCUUCGUUAAGCGAGUGCCGGACAGCAGACGGGCAAGUCCACUUCCCACUAUGCUCCUUACAGUCCACAGAGAGAACCCUACCGACAGGGGCUGGGCGGACUUUGCGCGCAAGGCCUGGAGAUACCUAGACAGCCGCGGUAUGGGGGAGGUGGCAGUGGGAUUGCUUGAUGAGCGCUUCGAUACAAGACCAUACAUUUUCCCAUGCAAAACAAGCGACGAUAUCUAUCCGAUCUGGGGGGAUGUCUGCGGCACGAUCCUUGCGAGAGUAGGGCUUGGAGACAUGAUGUCCGUGGGCUGCCACCGGAUGGGAAAUGAAGAGAGUCGUGACUCGUGCAUGCCGCACAUAUUGGUAGCGGUUGUCCCGGAAAGUCGUCGCGACUGGAGUGAAGUUCGCGAUGAGAUCGUGGAUAUUUUGAUGGACUUCAACCUGCAAACCGUUGGUGUGAUCAUCCGGAGGGAUAUAUCGCCAGUUGAUCAGGACAAACGUUUCACAAAAGACCUACUUCCAGAAGAUUGUACAUCUGAGGUCAAUGUCGGGUCUAGCAUUGGGCUGAAUGGUUUACAGGACCAGGGUACGCUUGGGAGCUUUAUUGAACUCAAGAACCCAUCAACAGGAGAAUGGGAAGAGUUCGCCCUCACCUGCUACCAUUGCACCAUACCAAACGACAAAGACCUUGAGCGUUAUAGCGAGAAGGAUGUCCAAGUCUUCUCGGACUGGAACCGCCACGGCGUACGCAUCACCGACAAGAACGCCUCUCGACUCCUAAUCAUAGACUCUCCAACCCAACGUGACAUCCAGGACGGAAUCUCCGAUCUGGACAAUGUGGUUUCAAGCGUAGAAAACGCAGUUGAGUACCAGAAAGUUAGUCGUGCAAUGGGGCAGGGCGAAUAUGUGAAUGGCCCGGAAAUGGACAUGUGGAAAAGGCACAAAAAAUUCGUUCGGGCAUACAAUGCGGACAAGGAGUAUAUGCAGGGAUACCUUGAUCAAGGUGGACACAGACUGGGCACAGUGUUUGCGGCAUCAGGGUCUCGACAGGUGUCAUCCACCAUAAGCCCAAAUCCAACAAUGCUUCCUACUGUGAGAGACUGGGCUCUUAUCAGGCCAUUCUUAGGGCGCUCCCUGGGAAAAAAUAAGUUCGCCGAGCUCUCCAAGCUUCGACAUGUCGAGAAAAUGGAACCCCUUGCUCGCGGAAGAAACCUGGACAGCUCGUGGAUCCUGCACAAGUUCGGGCGCCAGACUGGAGACACGACAGGCAGAUACAAUGGGCUCGCAAAGGCAAGGAUUGCAAGGACCUACGUCGAUGGAAACUGGGAAGACCAAAUAACCUGGGAACACACUGUUGUUUCGAAUGACAGCAAGGAAGUAUUUUCCAUGCGAGGAGACUGCGGUGCUCUCGUUUAUACCAUGACCGGCGAAGUGGUCGGAAUGUGCUGUGGUGGCCCUAAACAUGGGAAUAUUGGGUGCUUUUCCCAUAUCCACGACAUUCUCGAUGAUAUUGAGAAGACCACCGGUGUUAAAGAGAUCCGCUUGAAGCCGUAA